AAAAUUUUGUCCAGUUUAGAUACGUGGUAGAUGAAUUACGUUAGUUAUAUAUGUUGAUGUUACAUUCGCGAAGUGCAUAAUAAAUAUGGCGAAAUUGUUAGGUUUGGAUAAGCUCAUAAGAAUAUUCAAAAUAUUAAAAGACAAUAAGGGAAUUAUUAAUUCAGUGAAGACAAUAUUUAGAACUGAUGAAUUAAAAACAGGAGUCCUGGUUGGUGAAGACAAAUAUGGAAAUAAAUAUUAUGAGAAUAAUAUGUAUUUUGUAGGUCGUAAUAGAUGGGUCAUAUACUCAGAACAAGUAGGACUAAAUUAUGAUGGUUCUCAAGUACCAUCAGAAUGGUUUGGUUGGUUACACUAUAAGACUGAUUUACCACCUCAUCAUGAUCCAUCACGACCAAAAUACGAAUGGAUGUUAGAUCACGAACCAAAUUUCUCUGGCACCUCUAAGGCUUACUAUCCUUAUACAACAACAAAACCAAAAGUUAUACCAUGGAAACCAACAACUUCUAAAUAAUCUUCAUUAUUUAUGCUACAGUGAAAUUAGUCUACUAUUUGUCUCUAAGAUUCAUAUAAAUUCAAUCAGAAUAAUAAAAUGAA